UAUAAACGAAGCUCCUAUCGAAAGAUAAUUACUAAUAAAUAAAAACACAGAGCCGUUCGUUCGUGAGCUCGUCUUGUCUUAAUUUGACAGAUUCGAUUGUACCCACUUCCGACAAAGAUUCCACUUUUUCUCCGAUUGUUAGAUAUCUUAGACCUUGAGCUUCUCCAUUGGUGUUAAUUGAUCAAUUCUUCAAGCUACACAACCAAGAUCUCUCUCUUCUUCUUCUUCUUCUUCUUCUUCUUGUUCUCUUCGUUCCUUGCAGUUUUUGCCUAAAGGGUACACGUUGUCUGUUCCCUCACCUUAUCUCUGACGGAAAAAUCGAAGCUUUCUUGGGUUUUGGAAGAUGGGUAUUGCUCAGUAAUUCGAUUUCGGGAUAGUUCGAUACAAAGUUUGGUUUUUUUUUUGGGCGUUGCUCUCUCAACUUGAGUCCUACAUUCUCUUAAUACGGGUUUCUUGGUCUCGACUUUGAGGUUCCUUGUGUUGAAUUCGUUUGUGAAUUUGCUAGAUAAGAUUAGGAUAUAGUCUCUGUACUUGACAAGUUAAAGCUCUGAGCUUUCGAUAUGAAUUUGGAAUUCCUGCAUUGGAAUGAAGAAGUGGAGUAUCUAAUGUUCAGUUUUGUGUUGAUCUCUUGAUUCUUCAAGACAAGAGAGUAAGAAAUGGAUAUAUGGUUAAUCGCUGCGACUGCUGCUACGGGGUAUAUAGCUAAGCAAUUGCAGAAUGUGACCAAAGGUAGAAGUAGCAUUCUUGAAUCUUCUUCGGAUGAUGUGAAGUCCGAAUCUCCUCCUAGGUGCCUGCUUAGCAGAUUAGUAAGAGGCAAGAAGACUAAUGAAACCAAGCUUGGGGAUGAGAUCAUGAUAUCAGAUUGGGAAAAUCCGGAUGCAUCUACGAGUGGGGGUAAUUUGGGAUAUGACGAUACUAACCAUUCAGAUUCUUUGUUUAGCUUGAUGCCAGAGUUCUCUGAGCUUGAACAUGGGAAUUGGAAUCCCAGUGGUACUCUUGCAGGUGACUCUUCAUUUAGGCAGAGAACAUCCAUUAGGAGAAACCAUCGGUACAGGCGAUUAACCAAACCUUUGAGUUCCCUGGAUAGUUGCUUAAUGUCUCGGUUUCAUAGAGAGCAAAUGACCAUGGAAGAUUACAUGACUAGUCCGUUUCCAUCACCACACGCUUCAGUCUCAAGGCCAUUACUCGUGACUGAUGGUACUCGUGUGAUUAGUAAGAGCACUGCAGAUUCGUUGUGGCUGAGCCAACAUAUUACUCUCGAUGAAGAUCAGGCUACACAUAGUUGCAAAUUCUCCGGAUUGGAGUCUUCGGUUGAGAGAAGUGUAGGAAAUGAGACGAGCAAGAGUAGAAGGCAUGGACUAGGUGAUGCAACAAUGUUGCUACAAAUUGGGAUCUCGAUUGGCAUCAUGUCCUCGUUCAUGGCAAACCAAGCCGAAGUGAGCAAAGUCAAACAAGAGCUGAAGCAAACAGAGAACUUGGUACAUGAUUUAGAAGAUGAGCUCGAGAUGAAAGACUCGUUGAUAGUAAAGGAGAUAGAUAUUGCAAAGGCAGCUGAGAAUUCAGAAUCUAUAAGUAAUAUUGAAGCAGAGCUUGAAGCUGAACUUGAAAGGCUAGAAAUCAACAUGAACUCCUCCAACACUGAGACAAGACUCUCUGAUUUGAUUGAGAUGGAGCCGGAUUGUGAGGUAGAAUUUGCUCAGGGUGAACUGAGAGCUGAUCAGGUUAAAGGGAAGCGUUUAGAUGAACCUGAGUCCAACCAAGACCCAAGUGGUGACUCCACGCCUGACUCAGGAAACUAUGCUGUCUCACCUCGUGAAUUGAGCUUGCGGUUGCAUAAAGUAAUCAAUUCACGUCUUGAGAAACGGAUUGAAGAGCUUGAGUCUGCACUCCAGGAGAGCCAAAGGAAGGUGGAGCAGCUGGUCAUGGAAUCAGAGAGCAAGAAGAAGUCAUGGUCAAGGUUAUGGGAACACCGUGAAGUGAUGACAUAUAAGAGUGACUCGAAAAUCCCAGUUGCUAUAGAGCACACCAAGACUAAUCUUGCGGAGAUCCAACCCCUGGUUAUGAACUUAACUGGAGAAGCACUUGAUGCAUUCAAUGAGUCUUACGACGAACUGAUGAAAAUAAACGAUGACUCGGAAGAUGAUGAUGAUGAUUUACAGUUGGAAAUGCAAGAGAGCGGGAUUCAUCAAGAAGAGUUCUCUUCAACAAACAAAAGUUCACCUUGGAGCCAUCAGAAGGAUGAUUCGAAGGUGCAGGAGCAGGAGCUGCUAGACCUUAUUGGUAUGGAAGACGAAGAAGAAGAAAGUAGCCACUUUGAGAGUGAAAUGGAGAAGCAACUGAUAAAGCAGAUUGUUGAGAAAACAAAACAAGGGUCUCCUGUGGUGUUGAAUGCUCAGAAGAUGCUAUUUCUCAUGGAAGAAACUGAACAUAAGCUGUAACAUAGGCAACAUCAGAGUUCGGAAUUUUUAAAGUCUGAUUAAUGUGUAGACCAUAAGAAAAGUUGAAACAAAGCUCACAUUUUUGUUUUAAAAUUCAAUAGAUACCUUCAGAAACAA